CGACGAGUGGAUGACGACAUCAAGAUGCGUGAAUACAAGCUGGUGGUUCUGGGAUCCGGCGGCGUCGGAAAGUCUGCUCUGACGGUCCAGUUCGUUCAGGGAAUUUUUGUGGAAAAGUACGACCCCACGAUAGAAGAUUCCUACAGGAAGCAAGUGGAGGUGGAUUGCCAGCAGUGUAUGUUGGAGAUUUUGGACACGGCGGGCACGGAACAAUUCACUGCCAUGCGCGACCUCUACAUGAAGAACGGUCAAGGCUUCGCCCUGGUUUACUCCAUCACGGCUCAGUCCACUUUCAACGACCUUCAGGACCUCCGAGAGCAGAUCCUGCGCGUCAAAGACACGGACGACGUUCCCAUGAUCCUGGUGGGCAACAAGUGUGACCUGGAGGUGGAGCGCGUGGUGGCCAAGGAGUCCGGCGUGGGUCUGGCCCGCCAGUGGAACUCGUGCGCCUUCCUGGAAACGUCUGCCAAGAGCAAGAUCAACGUCAACGAGAUUUUCUACGACCUGGUAAGACAGAUCAACAGGAAGAGUCCAGUGCCAGGCGGCGCACGCAAAAAGUCCACUUGCCAGCUCCUCUAAUGACCGCAGUCGCGUUCACCCGACCGACGUCGACCCGGCAACGAAUCGGAGGACACCUUCCGACGAUCCCGCCCCCCAGCUCCGUUCUCAUCGUCUGUCCGGUCGGAACUUUGUCGCGAUGACCGCCGCGCUUCUUCAUCCUCCUCCGUUGCCUUGAAAACCAAACGCCAAAAGACUGAUGAUGAUGAUGGGAUGCCAGGACGUUUCCCAUCAUGCUCUUUGCUUUUAUUUGUUGAUUUUAUUUUAUGUUUUUUUUUUUUUUCCCCCGGACCGACACGGUGUGCGGUCAUACGAUGUUUAGUGUUAAGUUCGUACAACUUUUUAUUUGAACUAUUUAACUCUUUCGGGGCCACUGACCGCGAUAGACGUCAGAUGAGCGAAUCAUUCUUUCGCUGCCGCCCUCCCACUGCAAAUUGAUCGGACGUCUAUCGCCGUGACUGGCAGCCGAUGAGUUAUUUUUUGGGGUCGGAAGGGUGACCUCGCAGUAGUAGCGCCAGGUUUUUCUGUUAGCCAGUUGUAUUCGUAGCACUCCGCUCUUUAGUUUCGACAAACGUUGUCUAUGUUGCUCUGUACUUUGGCGUUAUUAUUUGUAUGUAGCAGGUUAGCUCGCAUGUAGAGUCCGGCAGCUCAACAGUUCACAAAAUCCAAUUCAAAAUUCCACGCUUAUGUUAGUAGCGUCGAAGGCCGGAGCUGCCGCCACCGCCCGUGGCCGGCAUGCUGCCUUUGGACAGCAGACUCUCACUGAUCCACUAUUAUAUGUCUGUCUGUGUGUGUGUGUGUGUGUGUGUGUCCGGAUUGUGUUAUGGACAUUCGGUAUCUGCGAAACACAUGUGAGAGGAAGACUAGGUGGGCACGUUGAUGAGGAUGAGAAUUUGUGGCGAGAUUAUUUUGCUGCUUUCACUCUGGGCCUUGUGUGUCUUUUGCGUUGGACUCUGUGUCGACGAAAGACGAGAUUGUGGAAGCCACUAAAAGCCUUUCAAGUCUUCACAUUUCUGCGUUUGUGUGCAGGUUGUGGUCAGCUGGGUCAAGUGGUGUAUUGUGUCAGGUUUUCGUGUACGUGUGUGAGUGUGUGCAUGCGCGUGUACUGUUUGUGUAUUUGCGAAAGGAGGAUGUGCAUUGGCGUGUGUUGGUGUAUGAGGUUUUUGGUCAUGUCGCAUGCUAGCGUUUUUCUUCGCGGCCUCCAGGAGGCGCCCCCCUCCCUUUUUUUCCCCCCUCAGCAUGCAAAGAGCAGCCGUGGUGUGGCCGCGACUUGGGUUCUCGCCGGCUACACGUCCCUCCCCUGGAUGACGUCACGUACCGGCCAAACGCGCUUGGAUUUGAUUCGCUCUUAAAAGCACUUUUGAUUCCGUUCCGGUUCUGCCCGUGUUGCUUGAGUGUACGUGUGUUUGGGAGGGGGCGGCGGGUCAGCCAAAUGUAAAGUCUCAACUUCAGAAGCCUUAAAUC